AUAAUGUCAAUUUAUGUUGUGGGAGGUUUAGUAUUAUUGAUCACAUAUGCAUUUAUCAGAUUUUUGAACUUGGUGUGGUUCAAACCAAAGAAAAUCGAAAAAUUUCUAACAGAACAAGGUCUACAUGGCAACUCUUACAAAAUUUUCUUUGGAGAUUUGAAAGAGAUGGUGGAGUUGAUAGUUCAAGCUAAAUCUAAACCCAUAGGUCUAACAGAUGAUAUCGUUCCACGAGUGCUUCCAUUCGUGCAUAAGUCUGCCACUACAUAUGGCAAGGUUUGUUUUACAUGGAUGGGCUACAAACCGGUGGUGCAAGUGUCUGAACCUUCUAUGAUAAGAGAGAUAUUCGCUAACUAUUAUCAAUUUCAAAAGCCACGAGGAGGAAACCCGCUAACAAAAUUGCUAGCAAAGGGAUUAAUUGACACCGAUGCUGACCAAUGGAUCAAACAUAGAAAAAUCAUAAACCCUGCAUUUCAUGUGGUGAAGCUCAAGCAUAUGGUACCUGCGUUUUAUACAAGUUGUAGCGAAAUGAUCCAAAAGUGGGACAAAAUGUUAACCAAAGAUAUCUGUUGUGAAGUCGAUGUGUGGCCUUAUCUUCAGUCAUUUACUAGUGAUGUAAUUUCACGUACUGCUUUCGGUAGUAGUUUUGAGGAAGGAAGGAAGAUAUUUCAACUUCAACAAGAACAAUCAGAACUUAUCAUAAAAGCAGAACAAUCUGUUUACAUUCCAGGAUCAAGAUUUUUGCCAACACGGUCCAACAUGAGGAUUAAAGAGAUCGACAAGGAAGUGAAGGCUUUAAUAAGAAGUAUCAUCGACAAGAGGGUGAUCAUGAUGAAACUUGGGAACUUUGAUAAUGAAGACCUUUUGGGCAUACUCUUGGAUUCCAAUUACAAAGAAAUCAAACAUCAUGGAAAUAGUAUAUUUGGACUAAGCUUAGAGGAAGUAAUCGAAGAGUGCAAGCUUUUCUACUUUGCAGGGCAAGAAACCACUGGAAAUCUGCUCGUUUGGACUUUGAUUUUACUAAGUCAAUACUCAGAUUGGCAGACCCGUGCUAGAAAUGAAGUUUUAGAUGUCUUUGGGGAUAAAAAACCAGAUAUUGAUGGGUUAAAUCAUCUCAAAGUUGUGAACAUGAUUUUCAAUGAGGUUCUUAGAUUAUAUCCACCGGGGGCAGCACUAGGAAGGAUGGUACAUAAAGAAACCAAAUUAGGGAACAUUACUUUACCAGCAGGAACACAUAUCCAAUUGAACACGUUACUAUUACACCAUGACCGUGAUUUAUGGGGAGAUGAUGUAAAAGAGUUCAAUCCCGAUAGAUUUUCUGAAGGUGUGUUAAAAGCGACCAAGGGGCAAGCUUCCUAUGUACCAUUUGGAGGGGGGCCACGUAUAUGUAUCGGACAAAAUUUUGCUAUGAUGGAAGCAAAAAUGGCACUAGUAAUGAUACUUCAACACUUCUCUUUUGAAUUAUCACCAUCAUACUCGCAUGCCCCUCACACCAUCAUCACUUUGCAACCUCAGUUUGGCGCUCCCUUGAUUCUAAAUAAGUUCUAAAUGGUCAUCAUCCAUGUUUCAGUCUAAUAAUUUGCACUAUUGUAUCCAUAAA